AUGUCGAGAUUGAUUGUUAAAAAUUUACCUCUUCAGAUAACUGAGGAUAAACUAAGAAACAGCUUCAGCACCAAGGGAACUAUCACUGAUCUCCAGUUGAAGAAAACCAAGGACGGGAGGUUCCGCGGGUUCGCCUUUAUCGGGUUUAAGACCGAAGAUGAGGCUACAAAUGCUAGGGAUUACUUCAACGGAACCUAUUUCGGAGCUGCUAAAAUUGAUGUUCAAACCUGCUCAGAUCUGGGGGAUGCGGUUAAAUUUUCUAAAAAGGAUUCUAAGCAAGAGCCAGAGAAAGAAGUAAAUGAGAAGAAAUCCAAGGAUCGAGAGAAGAAGAAGAGUAAAAAGGAAGUAAAAUCCAUCCUGGAAAAAUACAAGGAUGAUCCGAAAUUUCAAGAAUUUUUAAAAGUUCACAAAACAAGUAAAUCUGAAUCUUGGACGAAUGAUUCAAUCCUAGAGGUUGCAAACCUCUACUCCGGGAACAAGGAGAAUAAGAAGAUUGAGAAUACCAAGUCGGAGGCGGACAAGGAAGAGGUUCAGAAGAAACCUGAAAACAAGGAAGAUUAUUUCCAUGUUAAACUAACAAACCUUCCUUAUAGAUUCAAAAAGAAACACGUGAAAGCGUUCCUUGAGCCGCUGAAGCCACCCUCAGUUCGUCUACCGCCGAAAAUUCAUGGAAUUGCAUUCGUUGGGUUUAAAACAGAGAAGGAACGAAACCAGGCUUUAAAUAAACACAAGAGUUUGUGGGAGGGACAACAAAUAUUUGUUUUUAAAUAUGAGAAGAAGGAGAUGGUUGAAGCAACUGGGACGGGUUCUAACUCAAAGUGGAAGGAGCAGGAGGAGAGUUUAGUAGGAGCUGAAACUGUCGGUGAGUCAGGUCGGAUUUUUGUUAGAAAUUUAUCCUACUCCGUGACAGAAGAUGAACUGCAGGAACUUUUCUCCAAGUACGGUCCGCUUACUGAGGUAAACCUUCCUGUGGAUAGAAUUACAAGACGGAGUAAAGGGUUUGCGUUCAUUACAUUCAUGAUGCCAGAGCAUGCGGUGCAGGCUUUUUCCGAUCUGGACGGUUCCACUUACCAGGGUAGACUUCUUCAUCUCAUCCCAGGGAAAACUAAGGAGGGAGAGGAUGAUGAGACGGAGGAGAAUCUUGGAUACAAGAAGAGGAAGGAACAGAAGGAGAAGAAAGCUGCGGGGCAAACCCACAAUUGGAACUCUCUAUUCCUAGGCUCCAGUGCGGUUGCGGACAUCAUGAGCGAGAAAUACAACGUUGACAAGGCGGACGUUGUUCUCGGAGACUCCGGCGGUAAAUCGGCGGCGGUUCGUCUGGCUCUAGGAGAGACUCAGAUUAUUCAAGAAACAAAGAAGUAUCUUGAGGAAGAAGGUAUCAUUCUAGAGUCAUUUGAGAAACCUCCAACAUCGAGAUCAAAAACAGUGAUCCUUGCCAAAAAUCUUCCAGCUCACACUCCACCGGAGGAAAUUAGAGAUUUGUUUUCAACAUACGGAGUUCUCGGACGGAUCGUAAUGCCUCCGGCAGGUAUAACAGCAGUUAUUGAAUUUGCGGAACCCGGAGAGGCGAGAACUGCAUUUACGAACCUUGCAUACACUAGGUUUCACAAUACUCCUCUCUACCUGGAGUGGGCUCCAGAGAAAUCCUUCUCAACACCUUUCUCUGAAGUUCCAGUACAGAAACCUGAGAAGGUUGAAAAAACUACCACAGAACCUGAGGAAGAAAACGAAUUGGAAUCUCCUGAACCUGAAACAACAUUAUUUGUUAAAAAUCUCAACUUUGACACAACAGAUGAAGGAUUAAGAAAUCAUUUUACAAAGUGUGGUAAGAUAUUCUCUGCUAAUGUUGCAACUAAGAAGGAUACAAAAUCAGGAGACAAACUGUCGAUGGGGUUUGGUUUUGUUACAUAUUGGCUGAAAUCCUCCGCUACCCGUGCACUGAAAGAAUUGCAACACAGUAGGCUGGAUAACCAUUCUCUGGAACUGAAGCGAUCUAAUCGCGCUGCGGAGAAAGAAAAACCUUCCCACAAAGAACCUUCAGUUACUGGAGAACCAUCGACUAAAAUUAUGGUGCGUAACGUUGCUUUCCAAGCAACUAAACAGGAAAUUACAGAAAUUUUUAAAACUUACGGAGAGUUAACAGCUGUACGGUUACCAUCUAAACUCUCCGGAACUGGGUCACACAGAGGAUUCGCUUUUAUCGAGUUUGCUACCAAGUCCGACGCGAAGAAAGCCUUUUCCGAAUUGAGUGGAAGCACUCAUUUAUACGGGCGAAGACUUGUGUUAGAGUGGGCGGAGGCGGAGGAAACUGUAGAUUCGCUCCGGAAACGGACGGCGGAUCAAUUUAAUGCUGGAAAGUUGUCUGCUAACAAGAGAACAAGAUUUGAGAUGCCAGACGAGAAAGUUGAAGAUGAAAAUUGAGAAAUAUAUCUUGUAACUCAUUUAUGUAUUAUGAAAUUAAAUUAAAUUUUUCCAUUUUUC